AUGUUUAUCUUUAUAUUGAUAAGUUCAAUGUAUAUAGGAAAUUCGGGAGCUUUAAAAUGUUAUGUGUGUCAAAAUUGUACAAAUCUCACAGUUAAAGCUAAUUUCACAAUUAGCAAUGACUGUAAAUCCUGCCAGAAAAUAGUCAAACUAAAAAAUGGUGUUUUAAACGCUAUAAACAGGAGUUGUAUAAAGGAUAUAUGUACUCCAUCGAAUAAAUCUGUAUCACCAUGGUUAAAUAUCACUACAUGUUGUACAAAAAAAGAUCUAUGCAAUCAAUCAAUUCGAUUAUCAUCUGAAAUCAAUAUUCAAUUAAUUUGGAUACUUUUUAGUAUAUGGAUAUGGUAUAACUGUUGA